UUCUUAGUCGUUUUACCCAUGUUUGGGUAUUCUAAAAAAAGUACGUCCGGUGUUACAGAACAGUUUUUUGAGGUACGUCAGUGUGAUCUUUAAUUUAACAUUUAAACAUGUCUGGAGUAGUUAUGUCCGAAGGCUCUCAAAUGCAACAAAUUGAUAUAUCAAACUUAAAUCUACAACAAUUGAUGCAGUUGAAACAACAAAUGGAUCAUGAAUUGAAUAUCUUUCAAGAUUCAUUGCACAAAUUAAAACUCGCACAAAGUAGAUUCUUAGAAUCUGGAUCGUGCUUAGAAAAAAUUACGCCCAAAGUUGAAGGAAAAGAAAUACUUGUUCCUCUUACUGGGUCAAUGUAUGUUACUGGAAAGUUGGCAAACACGAGUGACGUUUUAGUUGAUAUUGGAACUGGAUACUACGUUCAAAAAAACAUACACGAUGCUAAAGAAUAUUUCAAAGGAAGAGUUGAAUAUGUUACCAAACAAAUGGAAAAGAUUCAGCAAGUUGGUUUAGAGAAAAGUAAAAUUAGGGAUGCUACAAUGAGCAUAAUUGAAAUGAAACUACAGAAUCAAAUGGAAAAAGAGAUCACGGAACGUGCGUAGGUUGAACGACUAAAAAUAGACAAGUUUUGUUUCUAUGUUACAAAUCUUUCUUUUUUCUUUUUUUUCAAUUGAUCAAAUUUCUAUUAAUUUAUGUUUCAUUAUGUACAUUAAGGAGAACACAAUGCAUCAAACUUCUAUAAUAUUAAAUCUCCUUGUAAAACUUCAUAUCAAUGUGUUUAUCAAUAUAAAUAUAUUCACAUUCGCUUGAGAUAUCAUAAUUGCAAUUUUUAUUUCUAUAUAG